AUGUCUCUACGGAAUUGUACAGCGGCUCUUGUUAACCCCCCUCCACCAACAUACAUGGAUCCUAAGAAGAACGGGCGCUUGACGAAUCAACUGCAGUUUCUACAAAACGUUGCCCUGCCUGCUCUGUGGAAGCACAGGCUUUCUUGGCCGUUUCAGAAGCCUGUAGAUGCGGUGAAAAUGGGGCUGCCUGACUAUUAUGCUAUUAUAAAAAAUCCUAUGGAUUUAACUACAAUUAAGAAGCGUUUGGAGCAUAAAUAUUAUUUGAAGGCUUCAGAAUGUAUAGACGACUUCAAUACAAUGUUCUCAAAUUGUUAUUUAUAUAACAAGCCUGAAAAUGACGUUGUUUCAAUGGCACAAACCCUACAGAAGUUGUUUAUGUAUAAGUUAUCUCAGAUGCCACAGGAAGAACACGUCGUAGGUGAUGAAAGAAUGAAGAAAGCCCCGCCCUUAGCCGGGACCAAAGGAUUGCUACCGAGUUCUGCCUCACAGGCAGCGGCCCAAGUUGCAAAGGGUGUGAAGAGGAAAGUAGAUACAAUUCCUACAACUCCAGUAGUUAAAGGAAACGGGGAACCUUCUCCCACAUUUGCAGCUAAAAAACUGAGGCCACUGCCGCCUGUGAAAGGAAAUGUGCUGAAGAACGUUUUGCCCGAUUCUCCGCAGCAGCCUCGCGUUGUAGAGAGCGCUAAACUAAAGGAACAAUUACAACACUGCAGGGAGAUUCUCAAAGAAAUGCAUGCAGAGAAGCACUUCGCCUAUGCAUGGCCCUUCUAUAAGCCUGUGGAUGUUCAGGGUUUGGGACUCCAUGAUUACUAUGACAUUAUCAAAUAUCCCAUGGAUCUUGGGACUAUUAAGCAAAAAAUGGACAGCCAAGAAUAUGUGGAUGCCUUUGCAUUUGCUGCAGAUGUUAGAUUGAUGUUCAUGAAUUGCUACCAAUAUAAUCCUGUAGAUCAUGAAGUAGUGAAAAUGGCGAGCAUGCUCCAGAAUGUUUUUGAAAUGCAUUUUGCAAAGAUCCCAGAUGAACUUCUUGAAUGUUACGUCAAAACAGAAAACACAAAAGCACUUGGUGGAAAAAAUAAUAGUGACUCUUCUAGUAAUUAUAACAAUAAUAUUGUGAAACUUCAGGAGCAGGUUAAAACUUUACAUCAGCAACUGCAAGUUCUGUCCCAGGAUUCUGACCAUAAGCAAAAAAAUGAGAAGUCUAAAAAAGAAAAGACAAAAGGAAAGUUUAAUAACAGAGAUGAAAAGCCAAGGGAAGAGUUUAAGCAAAUAAAACUAAAUGAAAAUUCCAAGAACAGCCAACCAAAGAAGAAACAGCACGUUUCUGCUCUGACAUCUGAAGAUGAUGCUAAACCCAUGAAUUAUGAUGAGAAAAGGCAGUUAACUUUAGAUAUCAACAAAGUUCCUGGAGAUCAACUGAAGCAAAUCGUUCGUAUAAUAGAGUUAAGAGAGCCUGCAUUGAGAAGCGCCAACUCUGAUGAGCUAGAGGUGGACAUUGAAGCACUGAAAACAUCAACAUUGAGAGAACUAGAAAAAUACGUUGCAGCGUGUCUAAGAAGACAACGACGGAAAGCUCAUGCCAAGAAAACAAUGAAUUCCAAAGAACCCACACCUCCAAAAAGACAGGAGGAAUUGGAAAAACAGUUAAUGGGUGUCAAUGAUCGGUUAAGUUCUGGAAAAAGCCAAACCGAAGCUGAGAAAAGCCAAUCAGCCCCUGCGAUUGUGAGUGUGUCCCGACUGAGUGACAGCAGCAGCUCCUCCUCCUCAGGGUCUGACGGCAGCAGCUCCUCCUCCUCAGGGUCUGACGGCAGCAGCUCCUCCUCCUCAGGGUCUGACAGCAGCAGCAGUGAUUCCAGUGCUUCAGACAGUAGUGAUUCUGAAUCAGAGCUAUUGCCUACAUCUACCGCAGAAAAACAGAAAGAUUCUUCUAAAGAGAAUAUAACGGUACAGUCUUCUACGAAAGAGACCUCUCUUCAUCAGACCACACAUCCAUGUGAGAUACAACCAAAUCAUGAAGCCUUACAGCCAUCACCGCGGUCAAGGCACACUUCACCUCGCCAAACUCUGCCUCCUUCAUGUGAAGCUCACCAAAACUCAACCAUGAAGACAUUUGCGAGGGCACCUGACUGCCUAGUUCCUGGAAAGACGGACAUCGAGAUUAAGAAUCCAGACUCUUGGAAGAGUUUAGGCAAACAUGUCAAAACAUCAAAUGUACAGAAAUCAACAGAUGAGCUCUUCAAUCAGUUUAGACAAGCAGCACUAGACAAGAAAGAAAAAGCUCCAAUUCAAGAGUCAAUGCAAAAGCACCUGGAGCAGAACACAGAACUGAACACAGCUCAAGAAAGCCACAGGUACCUUGGUAAUGGGUGGACUCGGAAGUCAUUUUCAAACACAAUGCAAAACAAAUGUCAUCCCGAAGAGAAGAAAAAGCAUAAGCAAUCAUGGAAAACUCGAGAGGAAUCCAGACUCCAGCUUCUCAUUGACCGCAAUUUAGCGAGGAAAAGGGAGCAAGAGCGGAGGCGGAGAGAAGCAGUAAGUGAACCUUAG